GCUAAUGACAUACAGCUCGUGUCAACCGAAAGAGCAACAACAAACCUAACCGAUCGGUUGAGAAGCAGGACCCAAGAAUCUUUUUGGCGGGCCUCGAGAGCCUGUGACGAGGACGCAAAGCAACAGUUUAGCGACACUGGUCUGGCUGAAAGGGUUUGUCCGAGGAGUGGUGUGAUAUUUGUUUGGUGCUUUUGUUCCGUUGGCAUUUCAAGAAAAGAAAAGAAAUCGUGGAAAACGGCAAGAGUGAGUGGCAAAUUGCCCACUUUAGAGAUCUGUUUGUGCAAACCUUUCGUGAAAAGCCGACGUGAAUUUUGCGUUUGUGAACAUCAUAAAGUGUUCCUGUCUUGAAGUUGCAACCGUCGAGAUAUUGAAGAAACACUCCCGCAACCCGAAGAAGAAUAUACAUAACUGUGGUAAUCGUUAAUAAUUGAAUGGUACUUAACGACGAUUCGAAAACAGUUUGAAAAGGCCAUCGCUUGUUUCCUCCAUCGGACAUCCCGAAUAACAACAUCUGGCUGGACACGGUUUUAUGGCCUUUGGAUCUUAACCAUCUGAAACAAAGCUAAAUCCAAUCACUAUCAUGUACCGGAUAAACUUGACCACGCUCGGACUGCUCCUGGUACUGGGGACGGGCAGCUUGAUGUCGGAACCUUCUCAAAACGCGGACGGUUCGAUGAAGGAUUUAUACGAUUACCUGCUACAACGAGAGUACCCCGCCCCAGUGUCGUACGCGGAUCACCAAAUAAAACGGAAAGCGGUUCGAUCGCCCUCGCUAAGGUUACGAUUUGGACGGCGCAGUGAUCCAUCGCUCCCGGUACAACCUGAGGAAGACGAUCUUAUCGAUCAAAAAUCCAUCCGGGCUCCACAAUUACGGUUACGAUUCGGAAGAGGCGAUCCACUGUGGACAUCUUUCAACGAGAAUGCCCUGCUCGAAGAAAACUUCGUUAAGCGAGCCCCAACGCAAAGGCUCCGGUGGGGUCGUUCUGGAGGUGGACUGUUCCACAGUGCCGACGAUGUCAUGCAACAGAAAUCAAUUCGAGCCCCUCAGCUGCGACUCCGGUUCGGUCGAAGCGAUCCCUCCUGGGCAGUUUUUAACGAGCAUCAGCUGAAUGGACAGACGGCAGCAAAAAAUCUUCAAUUUGGACAAACGAACGACCCAGCGUUAGUGGAAUCAGGAGAUUCAACCACCUCGGAGGAAACUGAACCAAGAGCCAUGGAUGAAAAUUAACUGCAGACCCAAAGAAUUCAAGAACGGACAAAUCAAAGCGAAUUUCCCUUUCAGUUUUCACUGUCGUAAUUUAGAUUUGAUUUUAGUUGGCCCCCAAAAGGAAAUUUUAACUAUAGCUAAUAUCAGUAAUCAAGAAAGGCAAACUGUAAUGUGUUGCAUAGUUAUGAAAGUUUUCAUCGAACAAUCGCACUUGUAUGAAAAGUAUGCAAGCAUAUAGGUAGGAUAUAAGGAUAAACGAUAGCCAGCUUAUCAACGUAUUCUAUCGAGUUACAUCCUCUCAUAGAGACUUCGUUUCUUUCUUCAACUCAGCAGCAAUUACAAUGCAGACUAAGUGUGAUGAUAAGUGUCAAUAAUAGUGCAUACCCGCAAAUAUUCUCAGUAUUGUUUAAAUAAAUCAUGACGAGAUUGACUCCAAACUAAAGCCGAGCUGAAGGGACGCUGUAUAUUCUAACACUUUCGGCACUAGACAGCCAAUAAAUGCACCAAGAUAAUAAAAUGUUUCUCAAUUACGGUUAUAAACAAGUUUCGCCAUUCAUUCCAAUUCCCAAAAGUCUUUAUCAAAUAAGCCAAGUUGAAGUAUUACUAGAGUUAGAGAUUAGGAUCAGGUGUAUCCUUAAACUAUAUUAGCGAAUGUUACAAUUUAUUCGAAAGCGUCAAGAAGCGUCAGUUUUAGAACAUGUGAAGAGAUUGUAUUUAAAACAAAAAGCAUCAUGUACAUGUGUAUAAACAACCAAUAUAUUCACUUUUAGUGGAAUACACAA